GGGUUACUUUAGGGCCAAUUUAGGGUCGGUCGCGCUCCCGAUGCGUUUUUGUCACCUCCCGGCCGCCGUCCCCACGUGACCCCCCCACGUGACGGGACGCCCGGUGCCGCCAUGAUGGCGGCGGGCGGCGGGGCCGAGCCGGGCCGCGCCUUGGAGGCGCUGCUGGAGAUGGGAUUCGGUGCCCGGCGCGCGGCGAAGGCGCUGGCGCUGACCGGGAACCGCGGAGUUGAACCGGCCAUGGACUGGCUGGUGGCUCACGAGGACGAUCCCGACUCGGACUCGGACCCCGAAAUCCCCCCGGAUUUGGGGGCGCUCUCCUCCAUCCUGGGGGCGCCCCGGCAGCCGCCGGCGGAGGAGGACGAGACUCAGAAGGUGCUGACGGAGGCCGGGCAGGAGAGGGAGCGGCGGCGCCGGGGGCAGGAGCUGGCCAAGCUCCGGGAAUGGCGGCGGGACGAGGAGCGGCGCCGGGCGGCCGAGGAACGGCGGCGGGACCGGGCCGAGGAACGCGCGGCUCGGCAGAGAGUGAGGGAGAAGAUCGAGCGGGACAAGGCGGAGCUGAGCGCAGAGGUUCGCCCCGGUCCCCCCAAACCCAGCCCCGUGACCCCGCAGGAGCCGCCAGCACCGCGGGAAUACGACCAGUGCCGGAUCCAGGUGCGGCUGCCGGACGGGCGGGCGCUGACCCAGAGCUUCCGCGCGCGGGAGCCGCUGGCAGCCGUGAGGCUUUUUGUGGAGCUGCACCGGGAUACUGGGAGCACUGGGAGCGGCACUGGGACCCCCCCAGAGCCCUUCAGCCUCCGCACGGCCUUUCCUCGGCGCCUCUUCACCGAGGAGGAUAUGGAGAAACCGCUGCAGGAGCUGGGUCUGGUUCCCUCUGCUGUUGUCAUCGUGGCCAAAAAAGAGGGGAGCUGAGGGGGGGGGGCACCCCCAAACCUCCCCAAAAACCCCAAAUAAAACCCCCCCAAAAAACCUGAGCUUUCUCUUGUCUCA